AUGAAGACACUCAGCUUGCGCCCGCUUGUGCUGUUGGUGGUGUGCGUGGCGGCGGUGCUCGCGCUGAGCGCCUCCGCUGACCCGCACGCGGCGGCCGUGGACGUCGGCCCGCUCUCUGUUGGCGCGCUCUCUGUUGACCCGCAGUCUGUUGGCCCGCUCUCUGUUGACCCGCAGUCUGUUGGCCCGCUCUCUGUUGGCUCGCAGUCUGUUGGCCCGCAGUCUGUUGACCCGCAGUCUGUUGGCCCGCUCUCUGUUGACCCGCAGUCUGUUGGCCCGCUCUCUGUUGACCCGCAGUCUGUUGACCCGCAGUCUGUUGGCCCGCUCUCUGUUGACCCGCAGUCUGUUGGCCCGCUCUCUGUUGACCCGCAGUCUGUUGGCCCGCUCUCUGUUGGCCCGCUCUCUGUUGACCCGCAGUCUGUUGGCCCGCAGUCUGUUGGCCCGCAGUCUGUUGGCCCGCUCUCUGUUGACCCGCAGUCUGUUGGCCCGCAGUCUGUUGACCCGCAGUCUGUUGGCCCGCUCUCUGUUGACCCGCAGUCUGUUGGCCCGCUCUCUGUUGGCCCGCUCUCUGUUGACCCGCAGUCUGUUGGCCCGCAGUCUGUUGGCCCGCAGUCUGUUGGCCCGCUCUCUGUUGACCCGCAGUCUGUUGGCCCGCAGUCUGUUGACCCGCAGUCUGUUGGCCCGCUCUCUGUUGACCCGCAGUCUGUUGGCCCGCUCUCUGUUGGCCCGCAGUCUGUUGACCCGCAGUCUGUUGGCCCGCUCUCUGUUGACCCGCAGUCUGUUGGCCCGCUCUCUGUUGGCUCGCAGUCUGUUGGCCCGCAGUCUGUUGGCCCGCAGUCUGUUGACCCGCAGUCUGUUGGCCCGCUCUCUGUUGACCCGCAGUCUGUUGGCCCGCAGUCUGUUGACCCGCAGUCUGUUGGCCCGCAGUCUGUUGACCCGCAGUCUGUUGGCUCGCAGUCUGUUGGCCCGCAGUCUGUUGACCCGCAGUCUGUUGGCUCGCAGUCUGUUGGCCCGCAGUCUGUUGGCCCGCUCUCUGUUGGCUCGCAGUCUGUUGGCUCGCAGUCUGUUGGCCCGCAGUCUGUUGGCCCGCUCUCUGUUGGCUCGCAGUCUGUUGGCCCGCUCUCUGUUGACCCGCAGUCUGUUGGCCCGCAGUCUGUUGACCCGCAGUCUGUUGGCUCGCAGUCUGUUGGCCCGCAGUCUGUUGACCCGCAGUCUGUUGGCCCGCUCUCUGUUGACCCGCAGUCUGUUGGCCCGCAGUCUGUUGGCCCGCAGUCUGUUGACCCGCAGUCUGUUGGCCCGCUCUCUGUUGGCUCGCAGUCUGUUGGCCCGCAGUCUGUUGGCCCGCAGUCUGUUGGCCCGCAGUCUGUUGGCCCGCAGUCUGUUGGCCCGCAGUCUGUUGACCCGCAGUCUGUUGGCCCGCUCUCUGUUGACCCGCAGUCUGUUGGCCCGCUCUCUGUUGACCCGCAGUCUGUUGGCCCGCUCUCUGUUGACCCGCAGUCUGUUGGCCCGCAGUCUGUUGGCCCGCAGUCUGUUGGCUCGCAGUCUGUUGGCCCGCUCUCUGUUGACCCGCAGUCUGUUGGCCCGCUCUCUGUUGACCCGCAGUCUGUUGGCCCGCUCUCUGUUGACCCGCAGUCUGUUGACCCGCAGUCUGUUGGCCCGCUCUCUGUUGGCUCGCAGUCUGUUGGCCCGCAGUCUGUUGGCUCGCAGUCUGUUGGCCCGCUCUCUGUUGGCUUGCAGUCUGUUGGCCCGCUCUCUGUUGACCCGCAGUCUGUUGGCCCGCAGUCUGUUGGCUCGCAGUCUGUUGGCCCCCAGUCUGUUGGCCCGCUCUCUGUUGACCCGCAGUCUGUUGGCCCGCUCUCUGUUGACCCGCAGUCUGUUGACCCGCAGUCUGUUGGCCCGCUCUCUGUUGGCUUGCAGUCUGUUGGCCCGCUCUCUGUUGGCUCGCAGUCUGUUGGCUCGCAGUCUGUUGGCCCGCAGUCUGUUGGCCCGCUCUCUGUUGGCUCGCAGUCUGUUGGCCCGCAGUCUGUUGGCUCGCAGUCUGUUGGCCCGCUCUCUGUUGGCUUGCAGUCUGUUGGCCCGCUCUCUGUUGACCCGCAGUCUGUUGGCCCGCAGUCUGUUGGCUCGCAGUCUGUUGGCCCCCAGUCUGUUGGCCCGCUCUCUGUUGACCCGCAGUCUGUUGGCCCGCUCUCUGUUGACCCGCAGUCUGUUGACCCGCAGUCUGUUGGCCCGCUCUCUGUUGGCUCGCAGUCUGUUGGCCCGCUCUCUGUUGACCCGCAGUCUGUUGGCCCGCUCUCUGUUGGCCCGCAGGCCGUCGGCCCGGUGUCGUAA